AUGUGUCCAAGUCAUGGACUUCACGACGGGGUGGCGGCUGACUACGGCCACUGCAGCCCGCAGAAACUCAACGAGCUGCGCGACGAGAUACAACGCUACUACUUCACCGACACAGCAACACACAACUACAGCAAGGCGCGCUGGCCAGAGAAACCUCGCGUACUGACAUCUUGCCCGCGCUUGGACACCCACGAUAUCUUUCGCUCGAUCGACGUUGGGCGACCUUUGGUGACAACGGCUGUCACGAGCAACCUCCAGCGCAGGUGUCUGCAGACAGAAGCCUGUAUUUGGAAGAACUUGGACUUCAAUGUGUCGCUUGUCCACCUGAGCGACUUUGUGGUCGGAGCUUCGCCCGAAAUUUGGGAGGAGGGCAAGCGUGUAGACCAAGCGAGCCUCACUGGAUUUGUAUCGAUGCCGGAUGGUACAAGAUGUGUCAUCCCCUGUAACUCUUCGACCCCUCAUGGCGCACAUUGCAGGCAAAGUUUGCCGAAUUGGGAUCAGUAUCCGACAUGCAAAGGCUGCUUCCGAAAUUGGGGCGUUGAUUACAUGCCUUUGCGCACACUUCUUGCGGCCGCCAACGUCUCCCUGGAUGAAAAGACGGGCAAUACUUCCCUUCCUCGCCGAUUCUGGGGUUCGCUUCUGCGUGUCAACGUGCACUACUCCAACCAGAAGGACUUGUGGACCUCGCUACCGCCGGCUCUGCGCAUGAGCUACACCUACACCAUCACUCUGCAUCGAGACGAGGAGUGGCAGAUAGAGAUCCACUACUCCUUUGAUCAGCAAGAGCGCCGCCUCAUGAGGCACGCAGGACUCCGGUUUGAAUUCACCUUCGAUGGAACUCUAGCCGAUCUGAACGCCAUCUACCUGCUCCAGACCCUCGGAGGGAUCAGCGUGUUCUGGUACGUGUUCAUGAUCAUUGUGGACUACCUCAUACUGUGGAUUUAUGAGUACUC